AAAGUUUUGUGGCGACUCAAUUCAAAAGUUAGAACUCCAUGCUGAGGACGAUAAAACCGAAGAAUGCUCGCAUCAAGCGGGCAUUGGAAGCCAAAGAGCCCAAAGAAGUUGAGGGAGCUAAGACCGCCCUGUUUGUGCGGGGAUCUAGCACAGGGGAGAGGCUCGAUACUAUUAUGAAAGAGCUAAUGACCCUCAAGAGCCCAGAUGCGAUAUACUUCUCCAAGAAGAACGAAAUUCGGCCAUUUGAGGAUGCGUCAUCAUUAGAGUUCUGGACCAUGAAGAAUGAUGCACCAUUAUUCGUAAUUGGCCACAAUACGAAGAAGCGACCUAACAAUUUAACGUUUGUGCGGAUGUUUGAUGGGAGGGUGUUGGAGAUGUGUGAAGUUGGAGUGACGUCCUUCACGAGCAUGCAAGAGCUCAAGACACUGAAAUGCAGAUCUGGUCUCCGCCCACUAAUGCAUUUUGCAUCAGAACUCUUCGACACUCAUCCCCGCUUCAUUCAACUCAGAUCCCUCCUCCUGGACUUGUUUAGUGCCGACCCAUCGUCAAAAGCCAUUCACCUAAAAGGUCUCGAAUGCCUCAUCAGCGUAUCCCUCGGUCCAACCCCUUCAUCUCUCAACUCCACUACUACCGACCUCUAUUCCGAAGUUGACCCUAAUUCUAAAGAAGUCCUCGCCACUUUUCCUCCCGUUCAUAUUCGCACAUACACUAUCCAAAUGCUUAAAAGUGGCUCCCGCACGCCUCGCGCCGCCCUUACACCUAUGGGCCCCAACCUGGAUCUCGUCAUGCGGCGACAUAGUCCACCUGACCCUGAUAUGCUCAAGGAAGCGAUGAAAAGAAGGAAACUUCCUCAGAGUGAUAUCGAAAGUGGUCUUGGGAGGAAGCGGAAGAAUAUCGAGAUGGAUGAGAUGGGUGACAUUCGUGCUCAGAUUCACUUGGGCAAGCAAGACCUCAGCGCUUUACAAUUGAGGAAGAUGAAAGCACUGAAGUCUGACAGGGGAAAGAAGCGGAAGAUCACAUUCGAUGAAGGGGAGCCGGAGAACAACAACGGAGACGACGAAGACGACGGAGGUUCAGAUGGGAAGGAAGACCAAUAGGAUUUCCGUGUCACAUUUUUCGCAGGGACCUUAAUUUGCUCGUAAAAGUAAACUAAUCUCUUUCACGCUAUGUCGCUCUGGUCUGUAUAUAUAUUGAUCGAACGAUUUGUCAAGAUCAACUAGCGUGCAUAGCUUGUUGUAUUCAAC